UCUGAGCCGGCGGCCCGGCGGCCCGGCGGCCCGCAGCGCGGCAGGAUGGUGCGGAUCGCCAGCGCGCUGGGGCUCGUCAUGUUCAGCGUGGCGCUGCUCAUCCUGUCGCUCAUCAGCUACGUGUCCAUCAAGAAGGACUUCCUGCUCAGCACCCCCAGAUACGGAGCCAACGGCGGACCCAGGAUGUACAUGUUCCACGCGGGGUUCCGCGAGAGGCCGCCUCGUAAGCCCGACUUGAGCUCCCAGCUGGCCCUGAAGUACCUGGAUCCAGCCUUCAGCUCUCUGACCAACAGUCUGAGUGAAGACCUGCAGAACUCCUCCAAGUGGAGAUACAACAGCAGCGCCUUCAUACAGCAGAGGACGGAGAUCUCCCGCUACAUCGACAUGGCCCACAACUUCACGCUGACGCGGGACGCCGUCAAGAUCGGCCAGCUGAUGCACUACGACUACUCCAGCCACAAGUACGUCUUCUCCAUCAGCGAGAACUUCCGCUCGCUGCUGCCGGACGCGUCGCCCAUCCUCAACAAGCACUACAACGUGUGCGCCGUGGUGGGCAACAGCGGCAUCCUGACCGGCUCGCGCUGCGGCGCCCAGAUCGAGAAGUUCGACUUCGUCUUCCGCUGCAACUUCGCCCCCACCGAGAUCUUCAAGAAGGACGUGGGGCGGCGCACCAACAUGACCACCUUCAACCCCAGCAUCCUGGAGAAGUACUACAACAACCUGCUGACGGUGCAGGACCGCAACAACUUCUUCCUGAGCCUGAAGAAGCUGGACGGCGCCAUCCUCUGGAUCCCCGCCUUCUUCUUCCACACCUCGGCCACCGUCACCCGGACGCUGGUGGACUUCUUCGUGGAGCACCGGGGUCAGCUGAAGGUCAAGCUGGCCUGGCCCGGGAACAUCAUGCAGUACAUCAACAGCUACUGGAAGACCAAGCAGCUGUCGCCGAAGCGCCUGAGCACCGGCAUCCUGAUGUACACGCUGGCCUCGUCCAUGUGCGACCAGAUCCACCUGUACGGCUUCUGGCCGUUCGGCUGGGACCCCAACACGGGCCGCGAGCUGCCCUACCACUACUACGACAAGAAGGGCACCAAGUUCACCACCAAGUGGCAGGAGUCGCACCAGCUGCCCGCCGAGUUCAAGCUGCUGUACAAGAUGCACACCGAGGGGCUGCUCAAGCUGUCGCUGUCCCACUGCGCCUAGCGGACGGCGCGUGGAGCGCUGAUAAGUCGGCGGUGUCUCGCUGCACGGCUGACGGACUGAAUGUUUCUGUUCGGUUCUGUCUGGUCGGAUCAACACUGAGCCAAAACACUCUCCCCCCUCACUGCUCUCACACCUUCACACUCCUCCAGCAGCUCCUGGU